AUGUCUAACACACAAGACGUUGGUCGAAAUCACCCGGCCGCUCAAUGGAUAUCAGCUGGUUUAGGCAGAAUUCCUUCAAAUGCAUUCUUAGUUUACGGAAAAGCAAUCGGUCGUGGUUUUGAUAAUUGUGGUGGUAUACAACCUGGAUAUAUUAGUAAAUCAAAGAAAGCCUUAGUAGUCGAAUAUGGUGGUGAGGAAUUGCUAAUCCCAAAUUAUGAAGUAUUGGUUUCGGCUCAAAAUUAUGUUGCUUUAACCGAAAGUGAGACUUUAUUCAAGUGGAUUCCCAUGUCCGGAGUUCCAGAUCGUACUAAAAUUAAUUGUACUCCUUUAAGAAUUAAGGGAAAUUGCAAUGAAUUGUAUAUUGCUAGAGUUUGGGAUGACGGAAAAUGGGUUAUUGGUAAAGCGGGAAGUAUCAUAAAAGGAAUUCAUUAUGUUAUUUCUGGUGUUGCCAAAAUUGGAGAAAAUUAUGAAAUUUUAGCAAUUAAAUCGACUUGA